GCGUUGUAUCGUCCAAUCAGACAAGACUUCAGUUUGAAAAGACAGCCGACCCUGUUACUGAAACCCAUAACAACACCCAAACUAACCCUCCUGUGUGGGGCUUACAGGACUCCUCAGCGGCUGGUCGGUGGAUUCGGGGCUCGAGCUGCCUGUCGUCGAGUUCCAUGGGGACCCAGGAGGGCGAGAGGGAUUGGGUCGAUGUUGCUAAUGACUUACUCAGCAAGUGUCACAUAAACCUGCGGCUGAGGAAACUCGCCGACUGUGAUGGAAGCGCUUUCAUCGCUCUGUAUGAGAGCAUCUUGGGGGAGAAAGUUCCAGAUUACAUCGCAGCGCCGUGCAGUCAAGAGGAUGACUUUCAUAAUGUUCAGUCUGUGAUUGAUUCCCUGUCUUUGGAUUACCUUCAGAUCAGCCUCUCACACAUCACAGGAGAGAACAUCGUCCGAGGCGACAGAGAGGCGAUAAAGAACCUCUUGGAAAUCUUCGACGGCCUCCUGGAAUACCUCAAAGAGGAGAUCAGCGAGGAGUCACAAGACGGUGAAGAGCUCAACGACAGUCUUAACGAGGACGCUCCCGAUGGGACCAAGGAACCAACAAGCGGGGAUGGAGGAGAACAGAAAGAGGCUGAACCUGAGAGAGCGCCCGCAUCCUCAAGUGGAGAGUCUGCUGUCCAUACGAGCGAACAUAGCCUCCACUCCGGGAGCCCCGAGGACAAGGGAUCAACAAGUGAGCUCAUUGGACUGGGAGCCUCAGCACGCACGUUCACCGACAAACAGGAAGACACAGUCCCCUCCUCUGGUCCUCUGGAUCCUCCGCUGACUGAACCCCUGCACUCAGCCAUCGCUCUACAGCCACCCUAUCAGAGGGACACCCCCCACAGACCUGAUGCAGACCCACCCUCACUGAGCCAGCCUCCUGCAGCUGCUGCCAUCAGCGAGCAAGCAAGAGAGGACACAGCUCCUGUCACCAGCGAGACAUCCCCUCCUGCAGCUGAGACGGCCACUACAAACGGACAGCAGUCUCCUCCUCCUGCUGCAAGCGAGAUCCCUCCGUCCAGUCAGCAACGAGCCGAGACAGAAACAGAAGCAGAGGCGCUCGAGCCGACCAACGGGGGUCCCAGGAGGGUUUUGUUCCACACCCAGCCAGAUGUGCUCUUCCUCACCCUGCAGGACGAGAUGGCCGCCACAACACCUUCUCCUCCCGAUACCGAAGAGGAGGAGGACGAGGAAGAUCUGAACUACACAGCGACACAGCUGGACAGACGGAGAGGUCACAGAGAAACGACAGGGCACAGCAGGUCAGAGGUCGAGGGCUUGGAGGAUCCUCUGGUGAAUCGAAGACAGAGGAACAAGAAAGCAGAAGAGGAGCUGCAUCACAUUUCUGAGAAACUGUCUCAUCGACUUCAGGAACUCGAUCAGAUGCUUAAACGAGUCCUGAGUGAAAGCGGAGAGUCGAGUGAAGUCAGAGAAGAAGACCACGGAGACAGCGUCACAGUAUCGGAGACUCCGGACCACCAGGCGAGCUCCUUGCCCCCGUCUCCUCCACGCGUUGGUCCGUCACUGCAGGGGCAGCUAGAAGAAGCGAUGGCAGAGGCUCUGAGCCUGGAUGACGGGAGACAAACAAACCUCACGGUGUCCAAUCAGACGAGGCGGAAAGAGACACAACACAGACCGCCUCACAGAAAACACAGCAAGUACCUGCAGAAUAAGGCGUACGAGAAGGAGCUGAAAAGAUAUGAAGACAAAGAACGGGCAGAUCUGGACAAGGCACGCUUCAAAGCUCAGGAAGCCGAGCAGCAGUACAGAGACGCCUUACUGAGCGACGUCUCCCAAACCUCCAGACCAUCUCCAGCCAGGACGAAGACCACGCAGAGGUCUCGACGUAUCGCACAAACCUCACCGGGGCGAAGACGACACGAGGCCAACAGGAAGGCGGCAUCAUUGACCGUGAAGGAGAACGAGCUCCUCCCGGUGCUCCUGGAGGAGUUGCCCCACCUUCAUAUCAGCCCUCGAGCCCUGGGGAGGAUGUGGGAGCAACAGAUGCAGCAGGUGGACCGACUCCACGGCAUGUCCUCCUCUCGGGGCCCGCGUCGCAACAAACUCUCCACCCAGGUGGAGGACGCUCAGAGAAAACACGACCUGCUGGUGGAGAUCGUCCGUAAAGACCAGGACCACAACAAGCGCCUGAGGGACUUCAAAGAUCGCAUCCAGCAGCAGAAGUCGACCCAGAACAGACUGAGGGAGCAGAGGCAGCAGGUGGCCCGGGCCAAGAAAUACCACAACGACUAUCACGUCCAGCACCGGGCCCGCCUGAUGAGGGCUCGCACCAAGGAGGAGAGGAUGUUUCGUCAGCUGUUUGAUGAAGGUUUGGAGCUUCAGAAAGAACGGCUGAGAGAGCAGAGAGCGUACGCCAGAGAGCAACGGCUGGAGCAUCAGAGACGACACCAGGACCACAUCAAAUCCCUGGAGAACUACUACAAAGACCAGUUUUCACUUCUAGCUGAAAAACUUGCAGAAGAGCGGCAGGACAUCCAGGUCCGGAAGAGAGCGCAGGAGAAGGCUCUGCUGAAGAUGAAGCGAGAGCUGCGAUCCAGGAUGGAGCUCGAGAUCGGCGAACUUCAGAAGAUCAUCAUCCAGAACGACGAGGACGAUCACUUCCAGGACCUGGAGGUCCAGAGGCUCCGCAACCGGGUCCACAUGGCCUCCUUCCAGCACAACACUAGCUACCUGCACUGAGCAGGAGAGCUGCUCUAAUGUCAGGGGAGACGCUGCACAAGACUCACAGAGGGUCUGACUCUGACGUCAGAGCUGGCUCUGAAUCUUCCUCCAGAUUUGCACAGGAGGACGAAGUCUUCUUCACUAAAACCAUCCUUAAUGAACUGAUGACGUUAGCUGUUAGCUUAUUUAACUCUUCCUCUCACCUCAGCUGCUACCUUUAACACACCUUGGACCUCGUCCUCCUCUUCCUUUUACUCCGUGAUGAGGUGUGUGAUCCCUGACGUGUCGUAGCACAGAGAGUGAACUGCUCCUCCUUUUGCCAAACAGGGACCACAGAUGUUGAAGAAUGACGAGUCACUGACGAUGUUUUUACCUCCUUUUUACACGCGUGAUGUCAUCCUGUGUUUUAACCAUGACAUUAAUUUAUUUUUUAACCUCUGACCUUUUUAUGAACUCGUGGUGCUGAUCACCUCCAUCACUUCUCUCCUUCAGACUCAACAUGAGGGUUCAAAGGUGAAAUCAGUGUACUGACAUCCUGCAUUGUAUUAAUGAGCACAAACAUCCCCAUGUUUUCAUCCAUUAAAACUUUCACUCACUCUCA